CUCCGUUUGCUGCUCUUUUUUGAGCCCUAUCUUCUGAACCCUUGAUUUAUUUUGUACUGAAAGCUUUCCACUACGCAAUUAUCCCUUUGCAGAGAAGCAAGAUGCCGCAGGCCAAAAUAAGACCUUCAGAUAUUGCGGCGGAAGCCAAAAAGACAUAUAUUCCAUAUAUCGAGCGAAAACUUCCUCAGUAUCCGGUUCAUUCAUACCUCCACGCCGAUUCUUCCUCACUUUCAAUAAAGCGUCCUGGCUCAGCCGAUGGCAAGCUGCGAGUGGCUGUCAUUGAUGGAGAUCCCGUGGAUGUUGCAAUUGAUUGGCACGAAUAUGAAGUCAACAAUUCCAGAGAACGCUCUGAAGCGCCCGCAAUACCCGUAGUCAACAUGGCUAACGAGAAACGGGCGGGUGGAGAUUGGGAAUCGGGCUUAAUGGCACCAGAGGAAUGCUUCUCGAGACGAAGUAAUCUGGUGCAUGCUUUGAAUACAUUCUGGCCGACGACUGGCAGCCCUUCACACUAUCCAAUUCCUCAAAAGGGAGGAAUAUAUUCUCCCAAUGUUGUUGUUUUUCGAUCUGGCCCAGAUCAAUAUCAAGUUUGGAGAGAUUUCAAGGUCUUGCCUGUCAUUUCAGUAGCGCCAGUUCGUCGUCCAAAGCUGGACGAGUCAGGCACCCGCUAUUCCUUUGAACAGGAACGGGAACUGAUGAUGGAAAAGAUGAGGACAGUACUUCGGAUCGCAGCGGCGUGGGGACACAGUGACCUAUGCCUCGGAGCAUUCGGGGUGGGGCAUGGAUUCCGCAAUCCCGUAACGGAAAUUGCCUCCAUGUGGAGAACCAUUUUAUUCUCAGAACCAGAGUUUCAGGGAUUGUUCUCGAAUAUUGUCUUUGCUAUAGAAAGCAGUCAGACCGGCAACGCAAAAGGAGGCCUUACCGAUUAUGAGGUCUUCAAGCAAGAAUUUGAUCCCUCCAACAUAUUUCGCACUGCAUAUCGGUAGGCCGACUAAAAUGGCGUCAAGCAUUCGGGGCGACCGGCGUUGUUUGGGAAUCUCCAUUUGUUUAGUUCGGAUGCCCCACCUCCCUGCUCCCACGAUAUGCUUUGGGAUGGUGGCAUUGAAGUUUGCUAAAGCUUUUAUUAUUAAUGGCGGGUCUUUUUGCAAAUUCUCAAUAUCUAAUACCCAACUUAUCACUCGAUGUAAAAUAUACGAUAUUGAUGAGCAUAGAUAAUC